UUAUCAUGACUGGGAGGACCUGUGAAUGAGUGGCUAACAGCGUCUCACCCAAGUGCUUCUUUCUCGGACUGAUUAGCAAAAGCCAUCUUCCUCAUUGCUUUCUUUACAGGCUCUCCAAUCAUUCCGGAAAAUGGCAGAUGCUGUUGUCAGUGUUCUCUUGGAUAAUUUGCUGUCAAUACUCAUAAGCGAAGGUCGUCAGCUACUUAAGUUUGAUGACCAGUUUGAGGAAACAAAGGAGGAGCUUCAGUACAUGCAAAGCUAUCUCAAGGUAGCUGAUCGGGUGCAGAGAAGAGAUAGGAAUGAGAUUCUCAAGAGGGUAAUGAGCAACUUAAGAGAGUUGGUAUACGAUGCUGAAGAUGUAAUUGCAGAUUGUCGACUUCUAUUCCAGAAAAAACACAAAGGGUGUGCACCUAAUUUUACAAGUUAUUGCUUCCUUACUCAUUUGAAAUCCCGUCAUCAGUUGGGAAAGAGGCUGAGGAAAAUAAAUGAAGGGGUAAGGAAGGUGAAGGAGAAUAUGAUGUAUUACUUGCUAACAGCUCCUCUCCAACCUAGCAAAGAUGAAGAUGGUGGGAAUAUGCGAAUGACCUACCCAAUCCUAAUGCAUGAAGCUGAAAUGGUGGGAUUAGAAGAUGACUCAGCGAAGAUUAUAAAUUGGAUCUUAGCAGCGGAUGGACCCUCAACGGUGAUUGGAAUAGCUGGAAUGGGGGGAAUCGGUAAAACCACGCUCGCUCAAAAGAUAUGUGAUAGUGCGAGCGUGAAAAACUCUUUUAAUCACUUGGUCUUUGGUACUGUUUCUCAAAGUUUCAAAUUGGAUGAAUUGCUGAAGAAAAUGCUGGGGAAACUAAAUGUAGAAGAAGGAUCUAUGAGGGGAAAGGAAGUUCGUAACCUGUUGGAAAGUCUCAACACGAAAUUAGAUGCGAAAUACUUGGUAGUUUUGGAUGAUGUUUGGGAAACGAAUGAAGGGAUGUGGUGGGAUAGCUUGAACUCUAGUUUGCCCCGAGUGGAGGGUAGUUGCAUUAUUGUUACAACUAGGAAUGAAGACGUUGCUAAAUCAAUGGGAGCUGCUGGCAGACACAUACACUAUUCCCAAAUUCUUUCAAAUGAAGAUAGCUGGUCCUUAUUCAGUAAAGUAGCUUUUGCAAGAACUGGAGGUAAGUGCACAAAUCCAGACUUGGAGGGCUUGGGAAAGAAGAUUGUUGCAAGGUGCGGGGGACUGCCAUUAACAAUCAAGGUUGUGGGUGGAAUGAUGUUGGGGAAAAGUGAUUCUAUCCAUGAAUGGAAACGAAUAUCAGAGCACCUGAAGGAGGAGUUGGGAAAUGAUAAGAAAGAUAAGCUGAUCAUUUCGAGACUAGAGCUAAGCUACGAAGAGCUCCCAACACACUUAAAACCUUGCUUUUUGUGCUUUGCCAUGUUUCCUGAAGAUUUCGAAAUUUAUGUUCCUGACAUGGUUAACUGUUGGAUUGGUGAGGGUUUUGUUUCGGGAAGAAAAGGGAAAACGCCAUUUGAGAUAGGAGAAGAAUGUCUUUCAGAAUUAUUUAAUCGAUUUUUGAUACUUGGAGUGGUUAAAGAUACCUUCGAGAGAAGCUAUGUUAGGUGCAAAAUGCAUGAUAUGGUUCGAGAUAUGGUUAUAAGAAUUGCAAGAGAAGAGAACUUUUUUGUGAGGUUGGACUGUGGAGGUAGUCCCGCAUUCAGUGAGCAGUCUCGCCGUCUGGGAAUUGUGAGUAAUACAGCUGUAGAGAGCAUCGGAAACAGUCCCACCAAGCUGCGGACGUUGGUUGGGAUGGACAUUCAGAGCACAGAGAUGAUUGAAAGUCUAAGAGCAAAACUGUGCAAAGUAAGGUGGUUGAGGGUGUUAUCUCUUUCAUUGUCAGAAAGUGAACUCGAUGGGGAUGUGGUGUACAGCGAUUGGUUGAGUGGGAUAGGGUCAUUACAGCACCUCGUCUAUCUUAAGAUAGAGAGUAGUUCUGCCUUACUAUCACUGCCCGAUUCAAUCGGAAAUCUUCAUAAUCUUCGGAUUCUACGUUUAUUGAACUGCCCGAAUUUGAAAAGGCUUCCUGCAUCAAUCACAACAUUAGAGAAGCUAACAGCUAUCCAAAUUGAGUUGUGUUCUUUAGAAUGCAUGCCGGAAGGGCUUGGCAAGCUUUCAAAUCUCGAACGGUUAGGAUGGUUUAGUCCUGUGAAUAAAAAAGGAUCUGGUAUUUCGGAGUUGAAAAGCUUGACAAAACUUAGAGAACUUUGGAUGGUGAUAAAGUCAGUUGAAAAAAUAGAAGAAGGGGAAUGGAAUGUGUUAUCAAUGCUCCAGAAUCUGCAAAUUCUAAGGUUAGAUUUUGGGGGAAUUUCUGUUGAAAGAGAUGGAGUUGUAAAGAAGAUUGAAGGUGAGCUUUCUCCUCCUCUUAAAUCCCUGAGAGAGUUGUAUCUUAUCCAAUACCCAGGAAAAAGGACACCUGCAUGGCUCAGUCCUACUUCCCUUCCCAAUCUUCAGUUUCUUUCGAUUUAUAGUGGAAGGAAUAUUAGGGAGAUGGGUCCCAGAUUUUGGUACAGCCAGAGUGGGGUAUGGAAAGUGGAGGUAUUGAAGCUAAUUGGGUUAGAAGAGAUGGAUGAGGAGUGGCAGAGGAUGCGAAGGGCAAUGCCGUCUUUAAGACUCCUGAAGGUUAUCGACUGUCCGAAGCUCAAGUCAUUCCCAUUCGAUGUUACAGAUGGUGGGGAUGAGAAGAAAUGGAGGAAAGAAGAAGAAGAUUCAGCUACGGGUGCUGUUGAAGAAGAAGAAAAACAAGGAGACAAGGUUUAUUCUUUUGCCAGAGAAGAAGAAGGUGAUAAGAUUUUUUCCAUUUCCUUUAUCAAUCAUCUGUCACAAGCUCUUCUCACAACAUCAUAGAUCCCAUGUUUCAUAUGUCACACGUGUAGGGAAUAACCAUUUUGUAUGCACUCACUGAAUUUAUAAUCCCCCCAUUCGUUCUGCUUUUGGUUAUAUAAUAAUUCUAAUAGAAAGGAGACAUGAUGGGCAUAUUUUUAUGGGGUUGGCAAUAGCCAAGGUACUUUCUUAGAUUGAUUUGAACUGUUCAUGUUCUUACCACUACCAUAUAGACAUGUUACUUUCUUGUAAUCUGCAUUAUUAAUUAUUUGAAUCUUGAAUUUGACCAUGAGUCAUUACAAAUUUUACUUUUCAAUAUUCCAUGUUCAUUUUGGCAGGGAUGACUUUCAAUUCAGUAAGUUCAUUUAAUUGCCACGAUGUUGAUGGAAAAUAAAUAGAAAUACAUAAAUUAGAUGAUCCUAGCCAUCUGGUUGACAAAUUCCAAACCAAGGGUCCAAAAAAUGGUUAAUAGCUCGCAUUUGGUGAGAGGAGAAGAAAUUUAAGCUUGGAUUGCCUAACAAAAUAUUUUUAUUGGGGAGCAUGAUCUGAGUGGGUCCUACUAGAUGGACUCAAUUGACACAUGACCAUAACCCAUGUAUAGAAAAGGGGUUCUGAUGGCUCUGCUUUGUCAACUUCUUGUUUUUUUACCAUUUCUUUUUGCAGUGGUAUGACUACAAGGACCUUCCCACUUUAUGUAUGGUACAGAUGAGCAAUCCAUUUGAUGGUUCUAAUGCAUAUAUGACCAUAACAAAAACAAGUAGGACAAUUCAUCAAGUGGGCUACUCAUUUAUGAAAAUAAAAUAACUGAUUUAGAAAUGCAUAGCAAUGGCUCAUAUGCAUAGCAAUCACUAUCUUUGGAGUGUUCAGAUUUGAGAAAUGAUUGGGUUGGCUAAGUGUACGGAAACCACCUUCACAUGCAUACAGAUGCAUUUCACAUCUAAGUCAGGAUCUGGCUAAUUGGUAUUCACUUUAUGCUUUCUUUGCAAAGGUACAUCGAUACAGGAGAUUUCUUCUGAGUAGCUUGAGGAAAGGAGAUUUAUAUCUAGAUGCAAAUGCAAAUUUCUGGCGCUUAUCAUCCAAUGUUCAUCAUCAGCUUUCUCACUUUCAACUUCUCAUCUCCAUUGAUAAAUCUGUGAACUCUUGUUCCUCUUCUUAGAUGGGUAGAAGUCUUAAACUUUUUUUUUUUAUAAUAUAUUCGUAGGCAAUAAACUUUUGGAAUAGAUAAUUUCUGAUACCCGGGAACGUACUUGGUUUCGCUAUUAGAUACAUUUCAUUGAUAUUAGUAGAUUUACAUGGUAUUUUUCCAUGGUAUGCACUUGUGUUUUUUCAAAGACUUAAAUUGAAUAUUGAGAAUAUCUUCGAGUGUGUAUAAUCAAAAGUAUUCGAGCCACUGGUGGGGGUGAAUACAGGAAAUUCGAAACCUUUCUUGAAAUAUGUGGUAAUACUCACGAUUUCUCUUGUACAGUCUCCACGAUUCUCUAUGGUGUCUGAUGGCCACAUCCCACCAAUUAUACCAUUCAACGUUGUAAUUUUUCUCAUUAACCAUCUACUUUUUCCAAACACACAAACUCUUUCUAUUUCUCUUUUUUAUUAUCAAUUCCUUGGGGUUUUGGCUAUGAAUGUUUUAAUUAGGCUACAGCUAUGUAUUGACUGAUCCUCCUCGCAUGUGAUACUAAUGUACAUCUAGACAAUCCAAAUUGUGGACGAAGCAUAUCUCUAAAAUCACAAUAAUCACCAAUUAAUGGCCAUCUAAUGGAUGGCUAUAAGUAGGGAGUGGUCCAAAUUUGAAGGGAAAGUCAAAUGGCUAAUAUUAUCUUACAAGUACAAAAUUUUCAUUUAUGCUUAUAUUGACAGUUGGGUCAGUGAUUUGGAUAGUCUAGACUGCUAUACAAUUAUGCAAUGCGUGCAUUUAAAGAGUCAACACCAUUUGUUAAAUGUAAGGAACGAAGACUGAUGAGACCCACCCAUUUGAAGCGGCCUGUAUAGAUAGAGAUCACCUGGCCAAUGAGAUUUGGGGUCGGCCAUCCCUACGAACCAACAUGAUCCCCAUGCAAGAGUUGGCAAGCAUAUGAUAGGGAUUAUUGCUCAGUAGAAACACUCUCGUGAAAGAAAUACAAGAGGAAGAGUUCUCAAAUGAAAUAAAAACAGGGAAUUGACCUAGGCUCCCUCUGUAUUCAAAGCAUACAUUCCUCUACUUUUGGCCAAGGUUUUUGGUUCCAAUAUACACCAGCCUAUAUCGGUUUGGGACUGGACUGGCUUAUUCAGCUGGGCCACCUAGAGCAAGUUCUCAAAAGUCUAGUGGUUGGAAAGUUAAGGCUGACUG